CCCGGUCUUUUGUUGUUCGUGAAUCCCAAGGCCGCAGUCUUACGUCUAUCAUUGCCUCCUUUUUCCGUCUCUACGCAUUACAACCAGGCAAACCCAAAGAAUAACAAGACACAAGAGCAGACUUGUAGACAUGGGCUCGUUGGGGGUGGAGCCUCCUUUGAAAGUCAUCAUUGUCGGCGCAGGAUUGGGAGGAUGUGCCACUGCUCUGGCCAUGCACCACGCGGGCUUUGAGGUGGUCAUGUUCGAGAAGGUCAGAGAAUUCCAACGACUCGGAGAUUCGCUGGGACUGGGCGAGAAUGCGUUCAAGUUGCUCGAUCGGUGGUCGCCAUUCCUGCGUGACCGUCUCAUCGAGAUCGGGAACAAGUCGGAAUUCAUGCAGAUCCGCCGGUGGCACGAUGGCAAACUGCUCGCUCAGCAGCCUCUGAUGGACAUGGCUGGAUACAUUGGCCAUCGGGGAGACUAUCAUCGAGGCUUCUUGGAGGCAGUGGCGGAGAAGGGUAUUCCUUUACACAUGGGCAGCGAGGUGGUAGAGUACGACGACAUGACCCCGUCAGUGACCCUGAAGAACGGAGAGCAGCAUUUUGCGGACGUCAUCAUCGCCGUUGACGGUAUCAAGUCACGCGCGCGUGAACUGGUACUCGGCUUCGACGACAAGCCCAAGUCGUCCGGGUACGCAUGCUUCCGGGCGUUCUUCAACGGCGACAAGCUGAAAGGGGACCCCCUGACGGCCGAGUUUGUGGAGAACGAGUGCGUCAACAUCUGGAUCGGCAAGGACAUGCACGUGGUGCAGAACACGCUGAGAGGGGGCGACGAGUUCAACUGGAUCAUCACGCACAAGGACACGGCCGACAUCAAGGAGUCGUGGUCGCAGCCGGGCGACAUGGACGAGGUGCGCCGGCUGGUGACAACGCUGGACCCGCGCAUCGCCGCCGCCAUCCGCAAGACCGACGAGUGUCUGGACUGGAAGAUCUGCUACCGCGAUCCCAUCCCGACCUGGGUCAGCAAGAACCACCGGGUCGCCCUGGUCGGUGACUGCUGCCACCCGCAUCUUCCCACGAGCGCCCAGGGUGCUAGCCAGGCGACCGAGAGCGCGGCUGUACUGGCGCAGUGCCUGCUCCUAGCUGGGAGGGACAAUAUCCCACUGGCGACCCGAGUAUACGAAAAGAUCCGCUUCCCGCGCGUGCGCCGCGCGCAGACCAACGGCGAAGACCUCCGCGACCGGUGGCACACGGCGCUGGACCGCAUGGGCGAGGGCGACGAGAUCGACCGCGACUCCCUCCUGAUAAAGAACAACGUCCUCUACGACUACGACGCCGAGGCAGACACGCGGAAGCGGUGGGCCGAGAUGGCCGCGCUGGUGGGCGAGGAGUUGCGCACGGGCAAGAUUUCGCCGCUGUGCUGAGUUUGCCUGCAUGAAUUGCGUGAUUCCUUGGUUUACAUUGUAUGCGGCACUUUGAUGCGUGAUGCUGCCUGAAGUUCAAGUUUUGGGGGGUAUGAUGCUUGGUGCUUGACAAGGAUAUCAUCUACUUGGGUUGUCUGAUACCCGACACUCGUCGCUGCUGGAUGCCUUGGUACGUGGGGGGUCAAGGUAGAGACUAUUCUGGGAGGGCAAGCAGCGGCGGCGGCAAGAGGUGGAAGUCGAGGUCGACGAUGACAGCGGCCAGGACGGGAACUAUCAAAGAGGCCAUGGUUCAGCGAGAGCACCCAACAGACAUUGAUUUGUGCCACAUCUCUUCACCUAUCUUC